AAAGACACGAGAACCAUGCACAGCAGAGGCUAGGGAGAACGAAACUUGGAUCCGUCGUGCAGACGAGUACGCUGAUUAUGAGUCACCCGGAGCCCACGCAGGAUGCUUCCGAACCAUCUUCGACGAUGCAGUCCAGCGAUGCUGUUCAUCAGAUGAAUCAAAUGGGCUACCGCUGCGUGCAAUUUCUCCCAAACGACAGGAACAUCGUCGUGUCGCCAUACACUAUCGCAAAUAUGCUAGUUUUACUACAUAAGGGAUCGGCCGGUGACACAAGGGCGAUGCUGGAGAAGGCAACCAAUUGCGGCAAUCUGGACAGGGAUCUCAGCCCCAUCUUCCGUCGUCUGUCUGCAGAGCUGUUUAACGAUCCAGAGGGCACACACGACUUCGACCUUGCCACUGUUGUCAUGGUUGGGUGUGAAUGCGUGACAACACCGGAAGUCUCCAGCUACCUCGUGGAAAACUUGAAUGGACGAACGGAAUGCGUCCCGAAAGAAAAUUUCCGUGAAAAGGCCAGCGAGCGGCUUCGACUCUGGGCACGGCACGCGACAAGAGGCGAGGUUGACCGCAUCAUCGAUGUGGAAUGUGGUCCCGAUGAACCUGUCGUGGUGGCUUCUGCGCUCAACUUUCGUGGUCGCCAUUGCGCACGGUCCAGCCCUAGGCGUACUCUGGUGCAGCCCUUCCGCAACUUCCAGGGGGACAUCAACCCGGUGGCCAUGAUGACGACACGCGGAGUCUACAACUAUGUGUAUUUACGAGAACUACGUGCUCAAGCGGUACGGGUCUCUUACGAUGCCGACUUAUCCAUGUUGUUCCUGCUUCCUUCGCAACCGCGACAAAUUUUGCAACUGGAGAAGGAUGUAAACCCUCAGAAGCUCAACUGGCUCUUGGGACAGAUGCGCGGCAUGGUUGUUGACCUCAGUCUGCCCCGUUUCUCUGUGGAACAGCUAACGAGUCUCAAACUGUUCUUCAUCGGCCUUGGGUUAGGUGACCUGUUCAAGAAAAUUCCUCAGGGGCACGACUUCCGUGGCUUACAUGGUUGUCCUUCUCUGCCCGUGGGAAAUGCUUUCCAAUUAGUACGUGUGCUUGUGGAUGAGAACGGCAUCGGGUACAACCUGGGCGAUUGCGUCUUUCAUUGCCGCAACUUACUCGGAGUCCGCAGGCCUCCUGUGGAAUUCCACGCUGCACAUCCUUUCCUUUUCUACGUCAUCGACUCGACUAGUGAAGCAGCCCUUAUUGUGGGCCGCGUCCUUCGUCUAUGAGGAGUACGCCUUGGCUUGCUAGUGGAAUCUGCACUAUGUGAGAACAGUGGUGCAAUACUGACAGCUUUUCAGUUCUACAUCGUUCUCUAUGCCACUUCACAAUAAAUGUAUUUUACUCACAUGG